CAUCGCCACGGUUACCAGACCACUCAGUAGACCUCCGACCCGUCUCCGUAGUUUAGUGCCUAGCAGAGUAGCUAUCUGUCUCUGUUGGUCUGUCGAACAGUCGGUACAUCAAUCUGUCCAUCCGUCCAGCCAGUUAGUAAGCCAGUCAAUUAGUCAGCCAGUCAGCCAGUCAGUUAGUCAGCCAGUCAGCCAGUCAGCCAGUCAGUCAGCCAGCCAGUCAGCCAGUCAGCCAGCCAGUCAGCCAGUCAGCCAGUCAGCCAGCCAGUCAGUCAGCCAGUCAGCCAGCAUGUCUGUGUUCCAAUCCAGGACCCUCUCUCUGGCCCUCCUGAUCACCAUGUGUGUUUACCUCACCUCUGUGUCUGCUAACUAUCGUCGGCCAACUAAGGUAACCACAAGUUGCUGCACAAGAGUGUCUGACUCUCACAUCAAAUUUAGACUGCAAGGAUACCACAUCCAAAACGCCAUGCCACCCUGUGUUGAUGCCAUCGUCUUCUACACAGUGAAAGGAGAGAAGAUCUGCUCUGAUCCCAAAGCACCCUGGGUCAACAAAAGAAAGCAAUAUUUGAAUGUGAUGAAAAAGCAAAGAAGACAUGUUUGACCAUGAAUGGAACCCUCUCCACUGUAAACACGCCUCCUGCACCAUCUCCUGCAUCCUCCUCCCCUCCUCACCAUCUCCUGCAUCCUCCUCCCCUCCUCACCAUCUCCUGCAUCCUCCUCCCCUCCUCACCAUCUCCUGCAUGCUCCUCCCAAGAUCCUCUAUCAACACACUUCACUUUUCUGCUUAUUUUUUGUCCAUCUGGUCCUUAAGAUUAUUUUGUUGUGUUUUAAAUUGAUAGAAUUUCAUUAAA